AUGAGCUUCGACCCUGGUAGUUUGGCCGAUGUAAGCGUUACAUACGUGCUAGACCUUGAUGUGAGUCUGGACGGCGCGGUGCAAAUUGAAGGGUACUUCACACCAACGACCACCGGCUCUUACACGUUCUAUCUGGACGCACUGGAUGCAAUUUUCAUGAUGGGAAGUCCAUCUGCAUUUUCGUGCUGCGACUCGGAGGACUUCAGUACCAGCACGGGCGAUAUUAAAAUCAACAAUGCUGCUCUGCUGAUUCUGCCAACUUCAAUUCCAAGCUACACAGUGACUCUGCAGGCCGGAGACAGCUACCCUAUCAGGGUUGUUGCGGCAAGUCUAACGUCACUUCUGGGAAUCUUGAGUUACAAACCACCUGGAGGAUCCAGAACUACAAACUUCAACAGUGUGGUUUCUUGGUAUGCCGACUCUGACUCUUGUCCAGUGAUCCAAACUACAGUUAGAGGUGCAACUGCUACUACUAAGGGAUGGACAGGAAGCGUAAGCUCCACCUCAACUUCCACUAGUCUAGUUACCGGUGGGGAUGGACUUGUUACUGAAUCAGACAAUUAUUACUUGUUGGCACCAACUAUUACAACACUCUCUGCUUCCACGUCUGAAUCGUCAAUUUCAGGUUCCGCAACCUCAGGUUCAUCAGCGUCUGGGGCAGUCUCUGGUGCGUGUAAACCUACAGGCUCCUCCACAUCAGGUUUUAGAGUACAAUCCGUGAGUCAGUCUGGACUUCUUCUAGACACCGCUCAGGAAUUGAUGAGCUUCGACCCUGGUAGUUUGGCCGAUGUCAGCGUUACAUACGUGCUAGACCUUGAUGUGAGUCUGGACGGCGCGGUGCAAAUUGAAGGGUACUUCACACCAACGACCACCGGCUCUUACACGUUCUAUCUGGACGCACUGGAUGCAAUUUUCAUGAUGGGAAGUCCAUCUGCAUUUUCGUGCUGCGACUCGGAGGACUUCAGUACCAGCACGGGCGAUAUUAAAAUCAACAAUGCUGCUCUACUGCUUCUGCCAACUUCGAUUCCAAGCUACACAGUGACUCUGCAGGCCGGAGACAGCUACCCUAUCAGGGUUGUUGCGGCAAGUCUAACGUCACUUCUGGGAAUUUUGAGUUACAAACCACCUGGAGGAUCCAGAACAACAAAUUUCAACAGUGUGGUUUCUUGGUAUGCCGACUCUGACUCUUGUCCAGUGAUCCAAACUACAGUUAGAGGUACAACUGCUACUACUAAGGGAUGGACAGGAAGCGUAAGCUCCACCUCAACUUCCACUAGUCUAGUUACCGGUGGGGAUGGACUUGUUACUGAAUCAGACAAUUAUUACUUGUUGACACCCACUUCUGGCUCUGCCACUUCUGGAUAUGUCUCUUCUGGGUCUGCCUCUUCUGGAUCUGCCACUUCUGGCUCUGCCUCUUCUGGUAGUACCAUCUCUGGAGUUGUUACAACAGUCUCCGGUACCACUGCGGGUACUGAAGGAUGGAGUGGAUCAUUGACCUCUACUUCAACAUCUGCUACCUACUUCACUGGAUCUGAUGGGAAGACUACUGAAUCUGACAACUACUACUUGUUGACACCUUCUUCUGGCUCUGCCUCUUCUGGCUCUGCCACCUCUGGCUCUGCCUUUUCUGGCUCCGCCACCUCUGGCUCUGUCUCUUCUGGCUCUGCCACCUCUGGAUCUGCCACUUCUGGCUCUGUCUCUUCUGGCUCUGCCUCUUCUGGCUCUGCCUCUUCUGGAGUUGUUACAACAGUUUCCGGCACCACUGCUGGUACUGAAGGAUGGAGUGGAUCCUUGACCUCCACCUCCACCUCAGCUACCUACCUCACUGGAUCUGAUGGGAAGACUACUGAAUCUGACAACUACUACUUGUUGACACCUUCUUCUGGCUCUGCCUCUUCUGGUAGCACCGUUUCUGGAGUUGUUGCAACAGUUUCCGGCACCACUGCUGGUACUGAAGGAUGGAGUGGAUCCUUGACCUCCACCUCCACCUCAGCUACCUACCUCACUGGAUCUGAUGGUAAGACUACUGAAUCAGACAACUACUACUUGUUGACACCUACUUCUGGAUCUGCCACCUCUGGAUCUUCCACUUCUGGCUCUGCCACUUCUGGCUCUGCCUCUUCUGGUAGCACCGUUUCUGGAGUUAUUGCAACAGUUUCCGGCACCACUGCUGGUACUGAAGGAUGGAGUGGAUCCUUGACCUCCACCUCCACCUCAGCUACCUACAUUACUGGAGCUGAUGGUAAGACUACUGAAUCAGACAACUACUACUUGUUGACACCUUCUUCUGGCUCUGCCUCUUCUGGCUCUGCCACCUCUGGCUCUGCCACCUCUGGCUCUGCCUCUUCUGGCUCUGCCACUUCUGGAUCUGCCUCUUCUGGCUCUGCCUCUUCUGGUAGCACCGUUUCUGGAGUUGUUGCAACAGUUUCCGGCACCACUGCUGGUACUGAAGGAUGGAGUGGAUCCUUGACCUCCACCUCCACCUCAGCUACCUACAUUACUGGAGCUGAUGGUAAAGCCUACUGAAUCAGACAACUACUACUUGUUGACCCCAACUUCUGGAUCUGCAUCUGGCUCUGCCUCUUCUGGUAGCACCGUUUCUGGAGUUGUUACAACAGUUUCCGGUACCACUGCUGGUACUGAAGGAUGGAAUGGAUCCUUGACCUCCACCUCCACCUCAGCUACCUACAUUACUGGAGCUGAUGGUAAGACUACUGAAUCAGACAACUACUACUUGUUGACACCUUCUUCUGGCUCUGCCUCUUCUGUCUCUGCCACCUCUGGAUCUGCCACUUCUGGCUCUGUCUCUUCUGGCUCUGCCUCUUCUGGAUCUGCCACCCCUGGAUCUUCCACUUCUGGAUCUGCCACUUCUGGCUCUGCCUCUUCUGGUAGCACCGUCUCUGGAUCUGCUUCUGGCAGCACCGUCUCUGGAGCUGUUGCAACAGUUUUCGGCACCACUGCGGGUACUGAAGGAUGGAGUGGAUCAUUGACCUCUACUUCAACAUCUGCUACCUACUUCACUGGAUCUGAUGGAAAGACCACGGAAUCUGACAACUACUACUUGUUGACACCCACUUCUGGAAGUGCCUCUGGUGUUACAACAAUAUCCAACUCUAUUGCCGGCACUAAAGGAUGGACCGGAUCUGUGACAUUGACAUCGAUCUCAACAACAAUCUCCACCGGGACAGAUGGGAAGGCGACUGAAGUGGAUUCUACCUACGUCUUAACCCCAACAAAGAUAGGGUAUAGCUCAGUAUUUUACGGAAAUUCGUCAGCUAUGUCUACUCCCAUUUUGACAGGAAUCGUCACAACAGUUUCCGGUACCUCUGCGGGCACUGAAGGAUGGAGUGGAUCCUUGACUUCCACCUCAACCUCAGCUACAUACUUCACUGGAUCUGAUGGGAAGACUACUGAAUCAGACAACUACUACUUGUUGACACCUUCUUCUGGCUCUGCCACCUCUGGAUCUGCCACUUCUGGCUCUGUCUCUUCUGGCUCUGUCUCUUCUGGCUCUGCCUCUUCUGGCUCUGUCUCUUCUGGCUCUGCCACUUCUGGAUCUCCCACUUCUGGAUCUCCCACUUCUGGAUCUCCCACUUCUGGCUCUGCCUCUUCUGGCUCUGCCUCUUCUGGAGUUGUUACAACAGUUUCCGGCACCACUGCGGGUACUGAAGGAUGGAGUGGAUCAUUGACCUCUACUUCAACAUCUGCUACCUACUUCACUGGAUCUGAUGGAAAGACUACGGAAUCUGACAACUACUACUUGUUGACACCUUCUUCUGGCUCUGCCUCUGGCUCUGCCACUUCUGGAUCUGCCUUUUCUGGCUCCGCCACCUCUGGCUCUGUCUCUUCUGGCUCUGCCACCUCUGGAUCUGCCACUUCUGGCUCUGUCUCUUCUGGCUCUGCCUCUUCUGGCUCUGCCUCUUCUGGAGUUGUUACAACAGUUUCCGGCACCACUGCUGGUACUGAAGGAUGGAGUGGAUCCUUGACCUCCACCUCCACCUCAGCUACCUACAUUACUGGAGCUGAUGGUAAAGCUACUGAAUCAGACAACUACUACUUGUUGACCCCAACUUCUGGAUCUGCAUCUGGCUCUGCCUCUUCUGGUAGCACCGUUUCUGGAGUUGUUACAACAGUUUCCGGUACCACUGCUGGUACUGAAGGAUGGAGUGGAUCCUUGACCUCCACCUCUACAUCUGCCACCUACUUCACUGGAUCUGAUGGGAAGACUACUGAAUCUGACAACUACUACUUGUUGACCCCAACUUCUGGCUCUGUCUCUUCUGUCUCUGCCACCUCUGGAUCUGCCACUUCUGGCUCUGUCUCUUCUGGCUCUGCCUCUUCUGGAUCUGCCACCUCUGGAUCUGCCACUUCUGGCUCUGUCUCUUCUGGCUCUGCCUCUUCUGGCUCUGCCUCUUCUGGCUCUGCCUCUUCUGGCUCUGCCACCUCUGGCUCUGCCUCUUCUGGCUCUGCCACCUCUGGAUCUUCCACUUCUGGAUCUGCCUCUUCUGGCUCUGCCUCUUCUGGUAGUACCAUCUCUGGAGUUGUACGAACUAGUUUCCGGCACCACUGCUGGUACUGA